CUGCGCCGCCGCCCCCUGCUCCCGAGACCCGGGCGCCCCGCUCGGCCCGGGCCGCGGCUCCCAUGCGGUUCGGUUCCAAGAUGAUGCCGAUGUUUCUCACCGUGUACCUCAGUGACAGCGAGCAGCACUUCACCGAGGUCCCUGUGACCCCCGAGACGAUGUGCAGAGAUGUGGUGGAUCUGUGCAAAGAGCCCGGCGAGAGCGAGUGCCAUCUGGCCGAAGUGUGGUGUGGCUCUGAACGUCCAGUUGCUGAUAAUGAGCGGAUGUUUGAUGUUCUGCAGAGGUUUGGCAGUCAGAGGAAUGAAGUUCGUUUCUUCCUCCGUCAUGAACGGCCCCCCGGCAGGGACACAGUGAGUGGACCACGGACUCAGGAUCCAAGUUUAAAGAGAAAUGGUGUGAAAGUCCCUGGUGAACAUCGAAGGAAGGAGAACGGGGUUAACAGCCCCAGGAUGGAUCUGACUCUUGCUGAGCUUCAGGAAAUGGCGUCUCGCCAGCAGCAGCAGAUCGAGGCCCAGCAGCAAAUGCUGGCUACAAAGGAACAGCGCUUGAAGUUUUUGAAACAGCAAGAUCAGCGUCAGCAGCAACAAGCUGCUGAGCAGGAGAAGCUCAAGAGGCUGAAGGAGAUGGCUGAGAACCAGGAGGCUAAGCUAAAGAAGGUGCGCGCCCUGAAAGGCCACGUGGAGCAAAAGAGGCUCAGCAACGGCCGACUGGUGGAGGAGAUUGAGCAAAUGAAUAGUUUGUUCCAGCAAAAGCAGAGGGAGCUCGUUCUGGCCGUGUCCAAAGUGGAGGAGCUGACCAGACAGUUGGAGAUGCUCAAGAACGGCAGGAUAGACGGACGUCACGACAGUCGGUCUGCCGCGGCUGAGCUCGACCGACUCUACAAGGAGCUGCAGUUACGAAACAAACUGAAUCAGGAGCAGAAUGCCAAGCUGCAGCAACAGCGUGAGUGUCUGAAUAAGCGCAAUUCAGAGGUGGCGGUCAUGGACAAGCGUGUUAAUGAGCUGCGGGACCGGCUGUGGAAGAAGAAGGCGGCCUUGCAGCAGAAGGAGAGCCUCCCGGUCUCAUCGGAUGGAAACCUGCCUCCGCAAGGGCUGCCGGCACCCAGUCGUGUGGCCGCAGUGGGGCCCUACAUCCAGUCGUCCACGAUGCCCCGCGUCCCCUCGAGGCCUGAACUUCUGGUGAAGCCAGCUCUGCCGGACGGCUCCUUGGCCAUGCAGGCUCCAGAAGGGCCGCUUAAAGUACACACACUGCCCAACAUGCGCUCUGGGCCCGCCUCCCAGGGUCAAGGCUCUAAAAUCCAUCUGCUCGGCCCUGACUGGAGCUCCCCAAGUGCAGACAUUUCUGCGAGCCAAGCCUCCGUGCCUGCGAGCUCAGGGGAUGUCCCGGACCAAGGUGAUGAUGGAGAGGUUCCCCUGAGGGAGAAGGAAAAGAAAGUGCGUCCCUUUUCGAUGUUUGACACAGUGGAUCAGUGUGCCGCCCCGCCCCCCUUUGGGGCUCUGAGGAAGAACCAGAGCAGCGAGGACAUCCUACGGGAUGCUCAGGCUGCAAGUAAAAAUGUGGCUAAAGUGCCGCCUCCUGUUCCGUCAAAACCAAAACAGAUUAACUUGCCUUAUUUUGGGCAAACCACUCAGUCAGCGCCAGACAUGAAGCCGGAUGGAAACCCUCCACAGUUGUCAGCAGGUGUGGCGUCCAUGGGAAGCAAACCAAAAUCAGGGCAGCCACAGAGGGUCGUGGUGUCCCCCGGCGCGCCCUCGGCCAGCCAGGGCCAGGCCUUGUCUGCAGCUGGGAAGCAAGAGAGUCCUCCAGCCGCGGCCGUCCGGCCCUUCACCCCGCAGCCUUCCAAGGACACCCCUCCCCCACCCUUGCGGAAGCCCCAGACCGUGGCCACCAGCUCCAUAUACUCCAUGUACACGCAGCGUCAGGCUCCCGGGAAGAACUUCCAGCAGGCAGUGCAGAGCGCGCUGACCAAGACCCAUUCCAGAGGGCCGCCCUUCUCCACCGUGUACGGCAAGCCUGUGAUCGCGGCCGCCCAGAACCAGCAGCUGCACCUGGAGAACGUGUACUCCAGCAGCCAGAGCCAGCCUGGCAGUCCCGAGCCGGAUGUGGAGCCUGUGGCCUCGGGCCAGGAGAGCCAUGAGAAUGAACGAAUUCCUCGGCCGCUCAGCCCCACCAAACUGCUACCCUUCUUGUCCAACCCCUACCGAAACCAGAGCGACGCCGACCUGGAAGCCCUGCGCAAGAAGCUUUCUAAUGCGCCGAGGCCACUCAAGAAACGGAGCUCGAUCACAGAGCCGGAAGGUCCAAAUGGGCCGAACAUCCAGAAGCUUCUGUACCAGAGGACCACCAUCGCUGCCAUGGAGACCAUCUCUGUUCCCUCGUAUCCGUCCAAGCCGACGCCCGUGGUGGCCGAUUCUGACAGCCCAGUUGAAACCCAGAAUCCAUAUUUACACGUGGAACCCGAGAAGGAGACAGUCUCUCUCAUUACUGAACCAGUGUCCCCAGAGGACGUGGGAAGCGCCAGUUCCGAGAACAGUGACACGGCAGCUCUUUCCCCGGGCCUUGAUUACGUGCCUGAAGGAGUCCCAGACAGCAGCCCCAGUUUCCAGAACAGUGCGGAAGAACCAAGUGCAGAGGCCCCCCAUCCACUGGAAGUGUACCUGGAGGAGUAUCCCCCAUACCCACCCCCACCAUACCCGUCUGGGGAGCCGGAAGGGCCGGGAGAAGACUCGGGCAGCAUGUGUCCACCUGAAAUCACGGGGCAGGUGUCUCUGCCUCCUGGCAAAAGGACAAACUUGCGUAAAACUGGUUCGGAAAGGAUCGCGCAUGGAAUGAGGGUGAAGUUCAACCCCCUCGCUUUACUUCUAGAUUCAUCUUUGGAGGGAGAAUUUGACCUUGUACAGAGAAUUAUUUAUGAGGUUGAUGACCCGAGCCUGCCCAAUGAUGAGGGCAUCACAGCUCUGCACAAUGCUGUGUGUGCGGGCCACACGGAAAUUGUGAAGUUCUUGGUGCAGUUUGGUGUGAAUGUCAAUGCUGCAGACAGUGAUGGAUGGACCCCGCUGCACUGCGCGGCCUCCUGCAACAAUGUGCAGGUGUGUAAGUUCCUGGUGGAGUCCGGAGCCGCCGUGUUCGCCACAACCUACAGUGACCUGCAGACGGCCGCGGACAAGUGUGAGGAGAUGGAGGAGGGCUACACCCAGUGCUCGCAGUUCCUUUACGGAGUUCAGGAGAAAAUGGGCAUCAUGAACAAAGGAGUCCUUUAUGCGCUGUGGGAUUAUGAGCCUCAGAAUGGUGACGAGCUGCCCCUGCGAGACGGGGACUGCAUGACCGUCAUCCGACGGGAGGACGAGGAGGAGACGGAGUGGUGGUGGGCACGUCUGCACGACAAGGAAGGCUAUGUUCCGCGCAACCUGCUGGGGCUGUACCCAAGAAUUAAACCAAGACAAAGGAGCUUGGCCUGAAACUUCACAGAUUUUAGUUUCUGAAGAAUUAAUCUUUGUUAUCACUAAGAAAAAGUAAUGUGAUUGUUUUUGGCAAAAUUUUCACAAGACUGACUUUAAUGACAACGUAACUUGAAAGCAAUGUAGAAUGUCCUCUGGAAGAAAAUGAAGGAUUGGAGAAUUUGCUGUCUGUAGGGGACGUUCAGCACGAUGGACUGCAGCUUAAAAGUAAGCUGGCCACACUGUUGGGGAACGGCGUUCAUGGAGCACUUGGGAAGAUGAACAGUGACUGUCCUGGUUUUCUUGAGAAAUAGGGCCUUGUUUGGGCUCCUGGGAGGUCGGCUUCCUUUCCCACCUGGUUGGUGUUUGUCUGUACCUCCCCUGCCCCCACCAGAAUGGACCAGUGCCAUCAAGGCUCCUCUGCCUCUCCCACCGAUAGACCCCCAGGGGACUCCAUUUCCUUGCGUGGAUGUUGCUGGUGGAGAACUAACCGUUGGUCGGGUGUCCACAAUCCCUGUUUGAUAGGAGUUCUUCAGGACUACACAUAUGUUUGCGAUCCUGGAUCCAAGCUGUGCCACAGCUAAUUAGAUUUAGAACCUUGUUUUUAGGAUGAAUUUGAAUCUAUAUUUAUUGUCUUUUGUAUCUUGGAAAUUGGAAACGUGGCUGUAUAGACUUACCCAUGAUAUUUGUCAAGAUCAUAGCUGACUUUAAAAACAAUUAUAAUAAAAUUAAACUUUUUGACUCUAAA